CAGGGCACGGGGGUGUGAACCAGCUCGGGGGGGUGUUUGUGAACGGCAGGCCCCUACCUGACGUGGUGAGACAAAGGAUAGUGGAGCUGGCUCACCAGGGGGUGCGACCCUGUGACAUUUCCAGGCAGCUGCGGGUCAGCCACGGUUGUGUCAGCAAGAUCCUGGGCAGGUAUUACGAGACGGGGAGCAUCAAGCCCGGAGUGAUCGGCGGAUCCAAACCUAAAGUAGCGACCCCCAAAGUAGUGGAUAAAAUCGCCGAGUACAAGAGACAGAACCCGACCAUGUUCGCCUGGGAGAUCCGGGACAGACUACUGGCCGAGGGCAUCUGCGACAACGACACGGUCCCCAGCGUCUCCUCCAUAAACAGGAUUAUCAGAACCAAAGUCCAGCAACCUUUUCACCCAACACCAGAUGGGAGCGGGACAGGUGUGACUGCACCGGGACAUACUAUCGUGCCCAGCACAGCAUCCCCUCCCGUCUCCAGUGCCUCCAAUGAUCCAGUGGGCUCUUACUCCAUUAACGGGAUCCUGGGGAUUCCUCGGUCGAAUGGCGAGAAGAGGAAACGUGAUGAAGAUGUGUCCGAGGGCUCAGUUCCCAACGGAGACUCCCAGAGCAGCGUGGACAGUUUGCGGAAGCACCUUCGUGGCGACACUUUCACCCAGCAGCAGCUGGAAGCUUUAGAUCGAGUUUUUGAGCGUCCUUCUUACCCUGACGUCUUUCAAACAUCAGAGCACAUCAAAUCUGAGCAGGGUAAUGAGUACUCCCUCCCAGCUCUGACCCCUGGUCUCGAUGAAGUCAAAUCAAGUCUAUCCACCUCUGCUAACCCAGACCUGGGGACAAAUGUGUCAGGACCCCAGACGUACCCUGUGGUGACCGAAAACCUCUCCUCUCCCCUCAGUAUAAAGCAAGAGCCUCAUGGAGCCUCUCUCACCCCUUUCACCCCCACCACGCCGGUCGGCUCUGGGCAGGCUGAUCUUCAGCCCUUCCACAUGACCCUUUCAGACGAUGCGUCCACGCCUUGCUACAGUGCCUUCCUUCAUCAUGGUGCCCACUUUGGGCAGUCCAGCAGCCAGCCUCUGAUAGCAGGUCGUGAUAUGGCAAGCACUACCUUGCCUGGCUACCCACCCCAUGUUCCCCCAACUGGACAAGGCAGCUACCCAACCUCAACUCUGGCAGGAAUGGUUCCUGGGAGCGAGUUCUCAGGGAACCCCUACAGCCACCCUCAGUAUACAACCUACAAUGAGGCCUGGCGAUUCAGCAACCCUGCAUUACUAAGUUCCCCUUAUUAUUAUAGUGCCACAUCCCGGGGCUCCGCACCUCCCACUGCUGCCGCUGCCUAUGACCGCCACUAGUUACCAUGGAAACCACAUGAAACUGCAGGGCGACAGCUUAGGCCUCCACAUUGUACCUGUCUGACCCACCCCGCCGCCCCUGGGAAGGCGAAGAGGACCUCUCCGUGCCUCCCGCAGCCCGCGCCCUCCCUCUCCGCCGCCAAGCCGAGCGCCCCAACACCUGACUGAGCACCCCGUCCUCCCCUGCGUCCCCCCAUGCCCCGCCACACCGGCUGGAGCCACGGGCCCCGCCGCCUCCCGAAGGAGCCCCCGGCGAGGCCGGGCCACGCGUGCUCCUCUCCGGCGCUCCCAAGACUCGAGGGGAAGCGGGCAGCACUGCAGCUGGCAACCAUCACCUCGCGGAACCCCCACCUCCCGGGAGCAGUAAGGGCAGGGGGAAGCAGGGGACACAGCCACUGACUAAACACUGUUCCCCAAAGAUACGCUCUUCUGUGGUGGACUCUUCGAAACGCAUAACCUGUGAUGAGCGCCCCGCUCCCCAGGAUGGAGGGAACGGCCUGGCUAGAGCAGAGAUGGCAGCGCAGAGACCUGGCCCGUCUGGCAGCCGAGGAAAGGACCAAGUGACUUAUCUGUCCCCCGCGAGGGGUUCUCUGUGCACUUCAUCCCCACUCUUCAGCAUGGCUUCGCUGCCGCCGGCCACAGCCCACGCGGUGACUUUGCAGGCCAGGCUGGGGGCGAGCCUCCCACAUACGCCCACGAUUUCUGUGACACACAAUCAGCUCAGACAGGAGGAUGGAGCAACAUUUACAAACCGACCGACGAAAUGAAGAAAUAUAUAAAUAGAUAUAUAAAUAUAACUGUGUUUUUAUGCUUUGUCAUGAAGGUCUGUAAAAAGGAAAAAAAAAAAAAAAGAACAAAUCCCCAAUUUUCUAAAAAACCCAAGCAAACAAAACCAAGGGAAAAAAAAAAAAACAAAAAAAAAAACCACAAAAUAAUAAUUAAAAAACCCUACAAAAAUAAAACUCCAAGUCCCAUCCCUCCCCACCACCUGAAUGGCAGACCAGUUCCUCUGACGCUUGAUGCUCCUCUUUCACUCUCGGGUUUUGUUUCCUUUCUGUUUUGCACUACAAUGGGAUGGUGGUAUUGGAGAGGAUUGGAUGCCAGCUCCACCCCCGUCGCCUCCUCCUCCUCCCCCUUCCCCAAAUCCUGUCUCUGGGGAGCAGUGUGGACAAGUCACAUCUGACAAAGUUACCAAACACAUCAGUCGACAAAAAAGCACUCUGAGUCAACAAACGUUUUCCAUGUCACUGGUUGGCAAACAAAGAAAACAAGCCCAGCUGCGCUCUAUCUGCGCUUUGUGGUGGAAAGGAAAGUGUGGGGCUUCACGUGGGCCCAUCUGAUUGCCCUCUGGACAGCUGAGACUGAGAUGGACAAAUUCAGGAUUGGCUGGGAUUAUUGCUUGGUUCCCUAGCCCUUAGGCUCCUCUCCUUUUACCUUAAUCCCUGUAUUCAUGACUAUUUCAGCUCACCCACAUCCCGAUUUACGCAGUUUUACACCUGCCCAACACCCAUUCUCCAGAUCCCUAUAGCAUGGUGAUGACAGCCUCGUUAUCUGUGCCCACCACCUAAUUUCCUAUCUGCCUUGCUAUAAGGGCCCUCGUCAAUUUCCAGUCCACAUGCUCACACACCUGAUAAUUUAUAGGCCUCCAUCCAAGUCCAUAUGCCCACACCCUUCCAGCCAGUCCCAACAUGCAGCCUCAUCUUUUCAUAUUCAGCCCCAUAUUGUGCACCCUAAUAUUUACCCCUUAUCCCAAAUGCUCACCUGAUGAUUCUCUAGGGAUUCUCUGCUCGUUUUGGUUCCCAAGUGACUGGCAAACACUGUUCUGCAAAAGGCUAACUGUCAAUAGAAAUGCUUAUUACUCCUGUAUUGUCAGCAAACUCAUAAACUGUUCCUUGCACUGACACUUCCUAAAAAACACUCAAAGAAAACAUGAAGGCAGCUAUAGCCUGUCCCCAGGGCAUCAAGUCUGCCAAAGCAGAUCCUUGUUGUUUUAGAGAGGUUUCAGAUAAAACUAGUGGGCUACUGUCCAUGGACAAAGACAGGAUUGAGAAUCAAACCCCCGAAGGGCAUGAAAGUGAACAGUGGUGCAGUCUGUACAGCCAACAUUAUGUAUAAAAUCCAUAAAAUCCAUAAAAUCCCAGCCGCUGAGGAGAUGUGGUUGUGGACUCGGUAUUCUGUCUCCAAGUUUAACUUGUAUGUAUGAAAUCCAUCAUCAGUAAACAGCUGUGUUGAUCCCAAAGGCCCCUUUCACCUAACACGUUUAGCCCUUGCAUGGCUCUAGCUGAUUAUAGGUCUGUGUCUUCUUUAAUGGGAUGCCCAAAUUAAAAGGGUAUUGGGGGUGGGGGGAUGUUUACAUAGAAGAUAUAGAGCUAAAAUCUGUUCCUGUACAGAAUAAAGUCAAAGAGGUUACUCCUGAUCUAUUUAAAGUGUUAUUUUGCACGUCUUACCUCUGAGUAACCUGCUGCGAAUUGCAGAGUUGUUUCACUGUCACUGAGACCAGAAUUUGGCCCAUUAUCUCAUUUUAUUCUACAUGAGAAGCAAAUUCUGAAUAAUGUCUAAAAAUUUACCUUUACCACUCCUUCUGUUUUCCUCCAUUGACACCAGACAGAUGCUGGACCCUGUUAGCAAAGUCUCCCUGUUAGUCUCUCAGUACAGCCUUUGCUCUACUUGCGCACCACCCAGUCUCACUCAGGGCCAGAGGCAGUAAAUCCUAGUACUGGCAACUACAACCUCCUGAAGAGGCUCAUGAAAAGGAGAUUGUGACACGUCACGCUUGGCAACCUGCAGCCCAGGGGCCACCUCAAGAGAAGCUAGCAGCCCAGAAACGCUCAUUUUCAUAAAGGUGUUUCACUAAACUUGAGACACGAGAUAGGAUACAAAAGCUGGAUUUGGUUGGCUCACUCAUGGCUGGCUUGAUUUGACCCUCGGAGGGACAAAUCCAUUGUUGGUGUAACUCCACCGAUAAAAGGGGACUUCCACCAGGCAUUGGGUUGGUCUGGAAAGACCAUAAGUACAACAAGUAGUUUGAUCAGGAAAAUUAAAAGGAAAGCAGAAUUAUGCAAAGGACUGGGCAGUCUAAUCCUCUUCCACCACCAUCUGUAGACCCCCACGCGAAUGUACUGAAUUACAUUUGCCAAAGAGUUUCUUGUGUUGGUUGUUUUGAUUUACAGUCGGUGGAUGCAUUGUAAAGCAGUAUUAUAGCUAAAGUCUAGUAGCUGACACAGGGAUUUAUGUGGUGAUAUUAUGCAGAAGAAAACCAUCAAUAUUCAUAUAGAUUCCAUUAGACUGGACUAUGCAGGAAACGCAAAAAUUCUACCAAUUAUUUAAUAUUAUGUUAUUUGCAAAAACAAUUGCUGCUUUGUAGGAAGAUAAUGUGUGUAAUGUGAAGGCAAUUCCUCUUGUAUAUAAGUUCAUCUCCAUCUUCAUCAUGGUAGUUAUUAAAACAGCCUCGUCUCAUCCUGUAGAUAAGGAACAUGCUGUCUGUACUGUGCAAGUCUUGUUGUGCUCACUGAAAACAAAACAAUGUGUUCAAUAAAGCACAGCACAAAUCCAGAA